AUGCGUACUGCACUCAGGGCCCAUGUCGAGGCACCUACAAGCGGGAACCUUGCCGUGCAUUUGCGCAAGACGAAAUUGUGCGCAUUCUUCCCCGAAGGCAGAUGUCGUCAAGGCAGCGCGUGCGAUUACGCGCACUCGGUGUUGGAGCUGAAGAAGGCCCCCGACUUCCGCUGCAUGCACAUGUGCAGGUCGUUCCUCCGCGGCCGGUGCAAGCGGGCGACCUGCAAGUUCGCCCAUGGGCCGCAGGAGAUCCGGCAGGAGCUGACCAGUCCACCAUGCAAGCCCCCGAGCCGCACGCAGCGCAGCGCUCGGUCCAGGGCCCUCGAGCCUGCGACCCCGUGGCCCUCCGAGCUGUGCCUCGCGGGCCUCGGCGCUCCGCCCCGCGCGCUCGCCCCGCGCGGCCGCGGCGCCGCCGAGCCCCUCGCGAGCCCUGCCUGGCCGGUCGGCGAGGACCGCCCGGGGCAGCCCGAGGGAGCCUGCGGCCCCAGCGGGGCGCCGCGGGCAGUGCCGCGGGUCUCCCGCGAGGCGCUGUGGGGCGCUCUGCAGGCGGGCGUGCCCCUGAGCCUGUGA